AUGGCACAUGGCAAGAGGUCUAGGCAGCAGGCCGAGGCAACGACCUCCGUUAGCCUGCUGGACCUGGACGGCAGCGACAUGGCGCGUAUCCUCCUGCUCUUCUCCGGCCACCACCACCACAGCCAUGGUCACGCUGGCGUCGCUGGGCCGCCGUCGCCCGAGAGGGUGUUCGAGUGCAAGACCUGCAACCGGCAGUUCCCUUCCUUCCAGGCGCUGGGCGGCCACCGGGCUAGCCAUAAGAAGCCGCGUCUCGCAGAGGGCGCCGAGCCGCCAAAGCCCAAGGUGCACGGCUGCUCCAUCUGCGGGCUCGAGUUCGCCGUUGGCCAGGCGCUCGGCGGCCACAUGCGACGCCACCGAGCCGUCGCGGCGGCAGGGGAAGGGCUCGGCCUUGGCCUCGACCUUGGCCUCGGCCUCGGCCCCAAAGACGUCGGCCAGAAGAAGACAACAACGGCGGCGGCCAAGCUGGUGCUCGACCUGAACGUGCCGGCGGCGUUAGAGGAGGAGCCAGCGGCCGAUCGCACGAACAAGCAGCUGGGGCUCGCCGUGGACUUCCCCGUAGUGGUUGACUUCCGACGUUAAGAAGAAAUUCAUGCCUGAUCUAUACAGUACAAUUUUUGGUGUUCAA